GUCUCUGGUCAUCUCCUGUACUGUGUCCACAGUCUCUGGUCUCUGUACUAUGUCCAGUCUCUGGUCUCCCCUGUAGUGUCCACAGUCUCUGGUCAUCCCCUGUACUAUGUCCACAGUCUCUGGUCAUCUCCUUCUAUGUCCACAGUCUCUGGUCAUCUCCUGUACUAUGUCCACAGUCUCUGGUCAUCUCCCUGUACUAUGUCCACAGUCUCUGGUCAUCUCCUGUACUAUGUCCACAGUCUCUGGUCAUCUCCUGUACUAUGUCCACAGUCUCUGGUCAUCUCCUGUACUAUGUCCACAGUCUCU